CUGUUGAUGCAGAUGGUAAUGAAGAUGAGAUUUAAAAGCUUCUUCCUAUUUAUGAUGUAUUCAGGCAAACUCUUUGCAGAAGAUACGCCUUGUGAUUUGCCACAUGUAGAAAAUGGACAGAUUGCCCAAUACUAUUAUAAUUUCAAAAGUUUCUAUUUCCCUAUGCGUAAGGAUAAAAAACUUUCCUAUUCUUGUUUGGUUGGUUACACAACUGAGAUGGGGACUCAGGAAGGAAGAAUCACGUGUACAGCAGAGGGAUGGUCUCCAGUGCCACAAUGCUACAAAAAGUGUAACAAGCCUCUUUUGGAAAACGGGUUUUUUUAUGGUACAGAAAACUACUUCAAAAUAUUUGAGAAACUGCAAUACAACUGCAAUCCAGGCUACCACACUCCCAGUGGUGGUACUGAAGAUACACUACAAUGUCAGCCUGAAGGAUGGUCCUCCCAGCCAAGCUGCACUAAAGAAAUCAAGUCGUGUCAAGUACCCAAUUUACAUCAUGGCAGCUACUUCACAGCCCAGCAAGAGCUUCGACUGAAUGAAACCCUGCAGUACAGAUGUGAUGAGGGAUAUUACACAGCAGGAGGAAAUAUUACAGGAGAAGCAGUGUGUCUAACACAUGGCUGGUCCCUUACUCCAAGCUGCACCAAAAGAACUUGCUCCUCUCUAAGUGCAAUGGCCCAUGGAGGUUUCAGUCCUGUGAAGAAAAUCUAUGAAGAGGGAGACGUGGUUCACUUUUUCUGUGAGGAAAAUUAUUCUGUCAGUGAAUUUGACCUAAUUCAAUGUUAUUAUUUUGGAUGGCAUCCAGACCCACCAUUGUGUGAAGAUGUAAAAAGUAAAUGUCCUCCACCACCACUUCCUCCUCAUGCCCAUGUCAUUGCAGUCAGAAGAACCUAUCAUAAUGGAGACAAAGUUCACAUACAGUGUCAAAGUUCCUUUGAAAGAAGAGGAUCUGAAGAAAUCCAAUGUGUAAAUGGAAAGUGGACAUCCCCCCCUAUUUGUAUUGGAACUAUGGAUAAAUGGGAACCUGAGGCACCACCAUCACACAAGGCAGAUGGAGCAAUAAGGACAAGCAAAACAUAUGGCAAUGAAGAUAUGAAAAUGCAGCAGGACUGUACCUCUCCACCUGUGAUUAAAAAUGGUUUUCUUAUUGGUCCAUUAUGGACAAGUUACAAAAAUGGUUCCUCAGUAGAAUAUGGUUGUCAGCAUUACCACUUCUUGGAUGGACCUAGUACUGUUUUAUGUGUGCAAGGAAACUGGACAGAACAACCAACUUGCUUAGAACCAUGUGCUCUUAAUGUAAGUGAUAUGAAUGAAAACAACAUAGAGCUGAAAUGGAGACAGGAAGAAUUAAUUUUCCUACAUGGUGAUCUCGUGGAGUUUGAAUGUAAACAGGGAUACAGUUUUCUUGAGACUGCCAUUCCAUCUCCUGGCAGGACUGAGUGUAACCAGGGCAGACUGAAAUAUCCAAAAUGCAUUAUUCAAGCUCCUGCAGAAAAAUGUGAUUCUCCACCUUCAAUUGCAAAUGGAGCUCUGACUCUCCCAGCCCUGCCCCAGUAUGAAAGUGGUUCUUCAGUUCAGUAUACUUGCUCUGAGUACCAUUUUUUGGAAGGAUCUGAGAGGAUCUUCUGUUCUGAAGGACAGUGGACUUCCCCACCAGUCUGUAUAGAGCCAUGUACUUUGUCAGAAAAAGAAAUGGAGACUAAUAAUGUACUGCUGCAAGGCUUCUAUGAGAAUCAAGUUUACUUUUACCACGGGGAUUAUGUUGGAUUUUACUGCAAACCAAACCAUUUUGGAGCAGAAUCUGGUACAACUUUAUUUCAAGUGCAGUGUAGGAGAGGACAGCUGAUGUAUCCAAGAUGUGUUGAGAGAAGGAAUUAAGUAUGGACUUCAGGAAAGCCUCUAGGAAAGAAAUAUAGAUAUCCAAAUUCCACUGUUGGAGGCACUGUAUAUUCUUUCAAGGAGAAGACAGUGAUAUAGUGAUAUUUCCUUCCAUUAUCAAAAGGAGGUGGCAGUCCUUGUUUCCCAGAUGGCACAUCUAUUUUCAAGAAAAUCGGCAUCAUUCAGAUCAUCUCAGCUUUAUACUCAAAUAGUGGCUCUCAAUCUUUAGUGAAAUUUUAUAAAGCACUGAACUGAGUAUCAUAUGACUUAAAGUUUCACUGAAACAACUGUAGAGGUUUGUGUUUGAAAUGCUUAUUUUAAAAUAACUUACUAGUAUUAGCUAAUAGCUUAAAGCACCAUGUAAAGCAAAAUUCACAGUUACAAUAGUAGAUUAAAUCCAUAUUUCAAAUAGCCUUUUUACAAUCUUUUUUAUAGACUUCUUGUCAAGUGCAAUUAGUGAGAUGUUUUAUGUCAUAAUGUGGCUGAUAAAGAGUUCAUAUUAGGAGCAGAAGUGUCAGCUCUGCCAUUUUUUUGUCAUUUGCUUAUGUGUUUUCAUAUGUCUGCACUUCCUCUUCAAAGAAUCUCUUUAAGCUACUUGUCCAUUUUGUGAGGGUCACUAUGAAAUU